ACUGAAUGGCUCCAACAGUGGCCAGAAUGACAAGCCCCAUAUUAGUUCCUUCAUUGAAAAUUUUAAUAAACUGGUCAAGGAUGAAUUGGAAGGAGACUGAAACUCAUGGUGAGUAAGACACACAAUGAUGUACCAAUUUAUGAAAGUCAAAAGUUAUGAAAGUACCUUCCACUGACUAUCAAUGCUGUACAGAUUCUGUUCCAAAUGUGAGGUCUGUCUGCAGCACCACAUACCACAUGUUCAGCUGUUCUCCAUGCAGGGAAAAAAAGCGUCAGCGUGCGCUGCCCAAAGCCAGAGCCACACUCUCUUGCAGGCCAGGCUCCAUGCAACAGGAGGGACGCAGCUGCAGACCUGGGAGGCCCCCAGGACCCCAGCGCUAGUGUCAGAAGGAAGCUUUGCAAAGAUGAAAAUGAAGAUUCUAUCAGCUUUCGUCUUGCUGAGCAUGUUGCUUGGUGCCAACCUGAUGCCUUCCAGCCGUCUCUCUUGUUACAAGAAACUGCUAAAAGAUCGCAACUGUCACAACAUCCCGGAUGGUGUGGCCAACCUUCGACAAAUAGAUGGAAGUCUUCAGGAUCACUUUUGGGAAGGGGAGGGGUGUGAAAUGAUCUGUUACUGCAAUUUUAGUGAAUUACUCUGCUGCCCAAAGGGUAUUUUCUUUGGACCAAAAAUUUCUUUCGUGGUUCCUUGCAACAGAGAGUGAUGAACAUCAUGUGAACCAGUGAUGACGAUAUAUGGACUUAACGGAAGAAUAAUACUGCAUGAAAAAAUUCUAUUCCAUUAAACAGCCCUAGUGCGCCGAGCCUUACUGUACAAAGUAGAACAAGCUUCCUUUUCAAAGACAGAUAUAGCCUUGAAGUUUUAAUACUAAAAGCUCUCCUUUCUAACUUGGUAGCAACAUUGAUUUUUCAAUGGAAAAAAACAAGAAGGGGUGCACUAGAAACUUCCAUUCACUAUUGUUCUGAUACGUAAGAUCACCAUUCUUUAAAAAUCUCCUGCUGUCAAUCUGUAUCUUAGCAAGAAAGAUUUUUAGGACCAGACUGCCGUUUACUGUAGCCUGGAGCUUCAUUUGCUAAUACUAGAGGACAAUUUCAGUGGCAUCACAACAGAGCUCUAAAUUCACAAGGAGUUAUCCAUAA